UUACCGUCGUAACGCACGAGCCAGUCAAUCUCCGCGCUUGUACUUCAUCAUCGUCCGAGUCUGACCCUCAGGAAUUUGAACGUGAGAACAUGAGCAUCAUGUACGUCGUCAAACGCUGCGCAAUUCUCGUUCUUCUGGUGGCGACAAUCGGUCUCGUGCACGCCACCGAAAAUUACAUGGAUUACGGAGAAGAAAUGGCGGAGAAGAGCGCUCCGGAGAACAUCCGCGAACUGUACAGACUGCUGUGGCAGAGCACGCAUCGUAAUCCGUCGCUGAACACCGUCGGUUUCGGCGGCAUCCCGUUGGAACACCUGAUGAUCCGAAAGUCGCAGCGAUCGCCGUCGCUACGUCUUCGAUUCGGCCGUUCCGGACCGCACACUUCCGCGGGAGCAUUGCCGAGACCGGUAGACGCAGCGGCGGCGGCGGCGGCGGCGGGAUACGACGACAACAAUUAAUCGGCGGGGCUGAUCCACGGGCACACCUCUUUUCUGAAUUUGUUCUCGAUGAAAAAACAAAAAACAAAAAAAAAAAAAAGAAAACACGCGACUUAACCCUCUCUUCUCUUGUAUAAAAAAAAAAAAAAUUACGUAUAGCUCUCGUCUCGUGCUGUUGUUCUCUUGUGCGCAUAUAAAUUUUUCGUCGCGGACGCUUCUUAUUCGAGCGAGGCGAAGAAAAAGAACAGUUCGCGAGUUUCAUCUAUAUAUAUAUAUAUAUAAUGUUCUUCAUAAUUAUUCCACAACGUUAACUCUUCUAGAUCGAACGUGGAAGAAAAUUUGUGUAUUUGUUGUCUCUUAUAUUUUAUUUGUAUAUGUAAAUAUUAAGCGUAUAUUUAUUAAAAUUAAUAUUCGCGAGUUUUAUUUACUUGACCGUCUGUUGACCUUACAACAACGCGAUCUUGGAAUUAAUUGCAGAUAUACAAAAUUCGACACGUUUCCACACACAUCUUGUUUUGCAAUUUAGUUUAACACAAUUGCAUCUUUGAUUUGUCCCCGAUCGCCGUGUCGGGGAUAUUUUACAAUUGUUGUCACAAGCUUUUGUUAAUUGUAUAGUAUAGCAGCGCUGUAAAAGGACACUUGGCCUAAGUCCUUCAUUCGAUGUGGGAUAACAAACGCUUCGAUCGUUACGAACGCAAUUGUUCCUUCCGUUUAAUUGCGCGUAUUGGAACAGAGACGUAAAAAUAGACGUCUCGUUGCGAGAAUGUGUAGCAGAAUGUAUCCUGAGAGACUUUCCGAACGAAAAAAUCUGUCAACGACAGAUGUGACAAAAGUUGUCGAAAAUGUUGCUGUUGAUUUUCUCCAAAUUCAAUGACAAUGCACAAAUUUAAAACGCACUUGUUUUUUAGUUACUUAACAAUCUCUCGGAGACAAAAACAGAUGAAAUGCUCAAAUUCUCAGUUUUCACAAUGCACUUUGAUAUGUAACGCUUUAUUAUUGUUAUUUACGCGCUUUAAAAUUCAAGAUGUCCCAUUUGCUUUCGCGCAACAAAUAAUUGCGCGAUUAAAAAAAAUCUCACAUUAAAUUUUCUUCAAAGAGAAAUAAAAAUUAUUGUUAGAAUCUGCGAGAAUUUCUGUGGGAUAUACUAUGUGCAUAUAAUUUUCAACAGCUGACCUGUUGGUCCGACACGAUUGAUAGGCGUAGUUCUUAUGAAUAAAUGUGCCAAAUAAUACGAUCGUUAUACAUUACGAUAAUAAAAAAACAAAAACCAAAAAAAAAAAAAAAAA